AAAUUACCGGCAGGACUCGCCCUCGCUCUCUCCGAGCAGGCAGCGGCGGUAUUUGUGCCGUUCCUGCCGGCUUUGUGCCCUGAAGCCCCGUCCCUCCUCUUCCUCCUCCUCCUCCUCCUCCUCCCCCUCCUCCGCCGUAAAGCCUUAACGCGACUCCGAGAAGCAUCCGAAAGCGCCGCAGCCGCUUGUCCUAAACCACCCCCCGAAGCGACGACUGCAACACCCCCCCCUUUAUUUUUUUUAUUAUUAUUUUUUUUCCCCUCCUUCCUCUUCUUUUCUUCUCCCUCCUCCCCCCGCAAACGCAUCAAGGUGGACGCGGAGCGCAAAAAGACCUUUGUUUUAAAAAUGCCCAUGGAGCUGACGCAAAGCCGCAUCCAGAAGAUUUGGCUUCCCAAUGACAACCGCCCGGCACUGCCCCGCCGCUCCUGUGGGCCGCAGCUUGCCAAUUCCCCCACUGUGAUAGUGAUGGUUGGCCUCCCAGCCCGUGGGAAGACCUACAUCUCCAAGAAGCUGACUCGCUACCUCAACUGGAUUGGUGUCCCAACAAAAGUUUUCAACGUGGGAGAGUAUCGCCGCGAAGCGGUGAAGCAUUACAGCUCCUAUGACUUCUUCCGCCCCGACAAUGAGGAGGCCAUGAAAGUCAGGAGGCAAUGUGCCCUGGCUGCCUUGAGGGAUGUCAAGCUGUACCUGACGGAGGAGGCUGGCCAGAUUGCGGUAUUUGAUGCCACCAAUACCACGCGGGAGAGGAGAGGGAUGAUCCUAAACUUUGCCAAAGAAAAUGGGUUCAAGGUGUUCUUCAUUGAAUCUGUCUGCAAUGAUCCCACGGUAGUUGCCAGCAACGUUAUGGAAGUAAAAUUGUCCAGCCCUGAUUACCGGGACUGUAAUUCGACCGAUGCCAUGGAGGACUUCAUGAAGAGGAUCAAUUGUUACCAAGCCAGCUACCAGCCGCUUGACCCUGAUGACUAUGACCGGGAGCUUUCUCUCAUCAAAGUCAUCGAUGUUGGCCGGCGAUUCCUGGUCAACAGGGUUCAGGAUCACAUCCAGAGCAGGAUCGUUUACUACCUGAUGAACAUUCAUGUCCAGCCCCGCACCAUUUAUCUCUGUCGGCACGGCGAGUGCGAGUCCAACCUCAAGGGGAAGAUUGGAGGUGACUCGGGCCUCUCCAACAGGGGCAAGAAGUUUGCACUGGCACUGAACAAGUUUGUUGAGGAGCAGAACCUGAAGGACCUCAAAGUCUGGACCAGCCAACUAAAGAGGACGAUCCAAACGGCAGAAGCUCUCCAACUGCCCUACGAGCAGUGGAAGGCACUCAAUGAAAUAGAUGCUGGUGUGUGUGAAGAAAUGUCAUAUGAAGAAAUCAGGGAGCAGCAUCCAGAGGAAUUUGCUUUACGUGAUCAGGAUAAAUAUUACUACCGCUAUCCUUCUGGGGAGUCCUACCAAGAUCUGGUGCAGCGCCUAGAGCCGGUCAUCAUGGAGCUGGAGAGACAAGAGAACGUCCUUGUGAUCUGUCACCAGGCUGUCAUGCGCUGUCUCCUGGCGUACUUCUUGGACAAGAGUGCAGAUGAAAUGCCCUACCUGAAAUGUCCCCUUCACACAGUGUUGAAGCUGACCCCAGUGGCCUAUGGCUGCCGGGUGGAGUCCAUCUCGCUGAACAUUGAAGCCGUUAACACUCACAGGGAACGGCCAGAGGAAGCAAAGAAGGGACCUAACCCGCUCAUGAGACGUAAUAGCGUUACCCCUCUAGCAAGCCCAGAGCCCACCAAAAAACCUCGCAUCAACAGCUUUGAGGAGCAUGUGGCUGUUUCUUCCGCCCUGCCAGGCUGUGUUCCUCAGGAAGUGCCCACGCAGCUACCGGGACAAAACAUGAACAACUCGCAGAAGCCGUUGUGACUCUGUUGGCGCUGUCGCAAGGCCACCAGCGACGUCACCGGCGACGCCAGCUUCCCAUCCCAUCACCAUUUCUGAAGCUUGCUUAUAAACCGGUCUCCUCCGUCUGCGGUGAGGUCGACCCUCGGCUGUUUCUACCCGUGCCCGUUCAUCUGCAAACCGCUCUGCUGAAGGGGGGAGAGAUGCAGGAGAGCGGAGGAGAGGAGCCAAGCUCCCCAGGGUCACCACCAGAUCUUUAGGCUGCAGCAUUUGCUCUCCUCUCUGGCGUCCUGUUAAAUCGUAGCAAGCUGUAAAGUGCUUCUAGCGCACAGGAGUUUAAUUUUCUUCUGUAAGUGGUUUUGAUCUCCUUUUGUAUAGACGAUUGGUACCCAUCCGUCUUUGGGUGGGGUGUAUAUAUGUGGAUGGUGCAGGGUUAGCAGAGAAAUAGGGGGGGAAAGGGGUGGGGAGUGAAGGGGUUUUGCAUUUUUUUUAAUUAUUAUUAUUAUUAUUAAUUACUUUUCAAGAAAGCCCCUAACGUGCUGUGCUGCAGUCCUUUACCCACGCUACAACCUGUUGCACAUGCAAGCCCGGCUCACCCAGGCCUGUGAGCACCAGGAAGGCAGCUGUGUGAAGUCUUCCACAGCAAGAACUGCCGGGUUUAACAAAAAGAAACCCACCCCAAAACAUUCUUUGUUUUUUGUUUUUUGUUUUUUUUUAAUCAAUACACCUUAAAGGGGUUUGCAGAGAAUGUAGAUCUGCUUCUAAAACUGGUUGUGAGCUGCCUGUAGUUUAGAGGGACCCACGCUGAUGCUGGCUCCGGUGAUGCUUUCAUCUCGGGGAGCACCCGGGGAUGGUCCGAGUUCGGGCACGUGUCGAUUUUUGGGGAGACUGAGCACCGGUUGAGGUGCUGUGCCAGUACUUCAUCUCCCCUUUCCUCCGCCUUGGAGGAAAGCGGAGAGUUUGGCGGGGGGGGUUGAAUCCCUGCAUCGUCCCAGGAUUGUCUAGCAGGUGGAUGGGCUGAGCUAGAUGCGUUUUGCAGACACACAGGUCUCGUGGAGGUGGCCAAAGGUCUGGCUGGAAUGCAGAAGUCCCUGUGUGGCUGCAAAAAGCCACAAGAAGGGACAGUUUUGUCUGUGUUCUCUUUUUUUUUUUUUUUUUUAUUUAAUAUAUAUACAUGUGUGCGUAUACAUGUAUAUCUAGAAACCGCUUGGUUUUUGCACUUUAUUUGUGGCAGGAGCAUAACUAUUUUUUUUUUUUUUUUUUGUCGUGCCCCUUAACAGGGGAAGCCUGAAUACAGGCAAUUUUUUUUUUUUUUUUUUUUUUUAUUUUGCAUGCUGGAAAGCUGGGACUACAAAAAAAUAGUAGUUAUGGUGUUCGAGGUGUGUAUGUGGGGGGAGAAAGGGGCGAAGUCCUGACUUAGACGCCGCCAUCGGCCAACUCCCAGUGGUUUGAUAAUGCAAGAUCCCUUCUUGGCAGCCUGUCCCAGGCUGCAAGACAGUGGUUAAAAAUGGCAAUUAACCACUAUUGCUUUGUGCAAAAGUCUGUGGAUUUCGAAUAUGGUUGUUUUUUGGGGUUGUUUUUUUAGGGUUUUGGGUUGUGAUUUUUUUUUUUUUUUUUUUUUUUCACCCCCACUCCUACGUGCAGCAUCACCUUCAUCCCCAUCUCAUGAUGUUUUGGCUGCAUGGCUGAGCUGGAGGCAGGAGGUGAAGGCAGCCAAGGUGUCCUGCAGUGCUGGGCUGGGGAAUUGGAGAUGGGCAGCCCUUUGGUUUCAUCCUUCCCAUGGCUUUCCCCAACCCCUUGUGUAAGAAACAACAUCCCUACAGACGGGAGCAGAGAGGUUUGGGGAGAAAUGAUGAUUUUUCUUUUUUUUUAUUUUAUUUUUAUUUUUUAAUUUUUUCAUGUGUAUGUUUUUGGGGGGUUUGGUCUGUUUUUCCUUUGGGAAAAGGUGAACCACAGUGCCUAGCGCUUCAGUCUCGUGCAGCCAAAGCGCGUGCUCGGAGCGGCACCGACGGCGGGAGGGGGCCGGGACCGAGCUCGGUCUGUAUCCGACUGGGGGAGACGGUCUCGGCAGUGCCCUGCCUGUGUGAGCUUGUGCAUAUGUGUAUUAUAUUCCUGUACAGAUGAAAUAAAGAACACUUCCCCCCCUCUUUUUUUUUUUUUUUUUUUUUUUAAUAACCGCACUAAAAGCAGGCUUCUCCCUGUGCACACAGUUGACAUCUGCCCUUUCGGUUUCUCUGACUUUGAGAAAAAUGAAUGUUUUGGGAAGGGGAGUCACUUGUCUUUUCAGCCUCCUUCCUGGGGAGUUUUAUCUUUCUCCUCCUGCUACGAAAAGAUAAGCUGGCAAAUGUAAACAUGACGUCUGACUGCCCCGUGAUCAAUCCGGUACACGUGUAAUUCUGCAGAUGUUUUGGUGUGUAUUUGUGUGUGUGUGUGUAUAUAUAUAUAAAUAAAUAAAAAUAUAUAUAUUAAAAAAAAAAAAGCAAACCGCAAAAAAACUUAAUGACCCUAAACUUUCUUCCUUUGGGACUAACAGAGGUCUCGGCAGGUCUACAAAAAGAUGACGUUUGAACCUGGUAUUUUUUCCAGCAAGGGAAAAAUUGGUCUUUGAGCAGCAGAGAAGUCCUCUCAUGCUGGAGGGGUUGGUGGUAGGUGGGAUGGUGUCAGCCCCGUGCCAUCACGCUGCCCCAGAAACUCGCUGCCCAUCGUUUUUGGUUAACAGCCAAGGACCAGGUAGCGAUGCUGCAGCCAAGGCGGGUGGGGAGAGGGGACUUGUCAAACCACACCAAUGAUUUCUUCCCCACCCCCUUUUUUUUUUCUGGUUUCGUUUUCCUUUGUGAUACUUGAAUUUAUUUUUUUAUUAUUUUUUUUGAUAGCAAAGCGCUCUAUUUAUUUAAUGUAUACUGCAAAGCUUGGAAAGAAGGGUAGUUACUUGGGAUUUUUUUUUUUUUUGAUUUGUGGUAUGUUAACUGUUCUGUAUAUACGUCUGGAAUAAUUGCCUGAUAUAAAGCUGUGCCAGCUUAAAAACAGGGUAUGCCUUUCAGAAAUUUGUAUAUUUUGCAGUUGCUGGACCAAUAAAAUAUCUUGUUGAAAUACA